AUGAAUGCCAAACAAGCGGCAUGUCUGAAUUGCCGCAAAAGCAAAAUCAAGUGUCGGCGCGAAGAAGGCGCGCCAAUAUGCGAGCGUUGCCAGAACGUCGGGAUUGAAUGCAUAAUUCCUGAAUUUCACAUUGGUCGGCAAAAGGGCGUGAAGAACAAACGAUCGGGCCUAGAGAAGGCGAUAUACCAGGUUGAGGAAGCCAUCAAAAAGAGGAAAUCGGAUGCAGCUACGAGUCAGAGUACGCUGCAGCAACUGCAGCAGCUUCUGAACGAGGCGCAAGGGGACGAAGUCUCCACCCAAAACCCAAACACAUCGCCUGCCUCAGAGGUGCAUCCUCACAUAUCAGCUAGUAAUCUUGUUGGUACUUCAAGCGACGAUCAACUCGCUGUUGAAGAUGUCGAAAACCCACUCCAACUGCUCGCCCGGGCCUCAGAUCUGCGGAUUGCAACACCACAGUCAUACAACCAGAGUACCGCCAGCCCUGAAGACAGAUUCAAUGGUAGCCAGCAGAGCGCUUUUCUCGACGUUCACCACUUUUUCCUGCCAAUGAAAGCACAUCUUGAUCAGGGAUCAGGCUUAGAUCCGAUUGAUGUUGGGCUUGUGACCAAGGAUGAAGCUGAGAUGCUUCUACAGUACUUCCACAAGAAACUAGCACACACACGUUGGGGACUCGACCCGUUGGUACAUACGCUGCCAUUCGUUCGAAACCGCUCUGCCUUUUUGUUCACUACCUUGCUAGCCAUGACCGCCAUUUUCCUACCGGAAACUUCGGCGCUGGCAAAGAGACUACUACUGCACCGUAGAUUCCUAGCCGAGCAAGUCAUUACCCGAAAGUACAGAUCUGUUGAAAUUGUGCUAGCUUUCAUGGUCAGUAUUCCUUGGAUGCCUCCAGGGUCGCAUGCGAGCGACGACGACACGAGCCUCUAUCUAGCUACAGCGCUUUCGAUCGCGUUAGAUCUCAUGCUAGACAAAGUGAUAACGCCAUCGACAUCGUUCGAUCAGGAGCUUGUCAGACAGAUACCGAAGUCAGAAUGUCUUCACGCAAGAAAAGCACUGGCGAUGGACGGCUUCGAAGACGUCGACCCGAAUUCGGAAUGGGGCCAGCGGCUUCUUCGCCGCAGAGAAAGAGUAUGGAUUUCCCUGUUUGUCUUGGAGCGUGGAGUCUGUCUAGCCCGCGGGCGCAGCUACUGUGUCCCUAAGACAUGCCUGAUCCAAUACUGCGACAAGUGGCACGACCAUCGAUGGAGCGAUGCUCAGGAUGGCCCGCUUGUGUCCAUGGCAGUUCUCCGCCGCGAUCUUGACGACCUCUUUGCUGAGGUCCGCACGCGCUGUGACAACUAUCGUCUUGCAGAAGUAGGGACGAAGGUCGCUCAGGAGAUCGACGGGUCUAUCGAGAGCUUCUUCGACAGCUGGUCUCGCGCCUGGCCCUCCGUAAUCGCUGAUCCGGAGAGCAAAACACUACCUCCAUAUGUCGAAAUCCUUGUUACACACACGCGGCUUUCAACCUACUCAAUGCUCCUCAACCACCCUAGCGCACCUCCAGAAGUCAAACGUUCUUUCCGAAAGUCUGCACUAUCUUCCGCACUCAACGUUAUGCGUGCGGCGAUUCAAGGCGAGUCACGUCUCAAAUCGAUGCCGAACAACACCGUCACGAUGAUUUGCUUCGCUGCAAGUAUAGCGCUCGCUUUGAGUGCACCCGUGCCGGAGGCCGGCGGAAAGCAGAAGAGCCUUGCUCCAAGCGUUCGACAUCUCAUUGAAGAUACCGCAACAGUUCUUGAGCGUAUAGGCGGCACACCCAUCCACCGGAACGGAGCUUCGGUUGUCUACGGUCGUUUCUUACGCGUUCUCGUCAAGCAGGCGCCGGAGAUCGAGAGGCUACCACAAUUGCCAGUCCACGAUCCUGCACCACCGUCGAUGGCCAUACCAGAUCUUCUAUCGCCGUCAUACAAGGUGAAUGAUGCGAUGCCUGAAAACCAUACGAUGGGGCCAGAUCCUAUAUCCAGCUACUGGCCGGAUACACUAGACUUCUCAGCCAUGUCGUACAAUGAAGUCAACGAGACUGUGACGAACUCGGAUCUGUUCUCCACAGCGUUACUGGAUCUUCCGUGGAACGAUAGCAACCCAUUGUGGACAGAUUGGAUGAAUCUGCCGGACUUCAACUUCCCGUAA